CUUGACGCCGCGCAGAUAUGAUGUUUGGUGGGCAGUGAGUCGUGGACAGUGUGUGGUACCAAGUCCGCGUCCACGGUGCUGCUCGGAUCCGGUUCGUUGUGUUGGAGGGACCACAUCCGUCCUCCGUGAGAGCAGACAGAGAGAGAGACGCUACCGGAGGCUGACAGCAGCCGGUGAUGUCCUCUCCUCUCCGGCUGCUAGCUAGUGUGAGCGUCAGGCGGUUAGCUGGACGGUAACGGGAGCUAACCGGAACGGCAGGUCGGGAUCAUCAUCGGACGGAGAUCCGGUGAUUAGACGAGCUCCGGGCGUCGGGGGGUGCAGCUCCCGUAGGAUUUAUCAGACACAUCAAACGUUAGCAGCAGGCUAGCAGCGCAGCGAGCCGCGGGUCCAUUAGCUCCGCUCAUUAGCUCCCGUCAGCGCCACGGCGCCGCGUCCACGUCGCGUCUCGUCGGCCGUGUACCGCUGCCAGCUGAGCUAGGCCACGUCCCCGCGGGCGGAUUUCACCCUCUCACACCGGACGGGCUGCGGAGAAGAUGCCCAGUGUGCGGAAGGAGGACGGAGAGUGACGCUCGGCGGAGAUGUGAAGACGCCUUUCUGACAUUCAUGACUGUCGGGCUGGCGUUUGAUUUCGCGAACGGUUGCCGCAUAUCCACGGCAUGUCACGUAGACGGAUGUGCGUUACACCGGGAGAAUACUGUCAGUAGGCUGCGGUAACGAGCUGAAGUAGCGUUACACUUGGUUUCAGAAAUGGUCGGGUUUGGUGCAAACCGCCGGGGAGGCCGCCUCCCGUCCUUCAUCCUCAUCUUCCUGACGGUGAUCAUCGCCAUCCUGUCGUUCAACUACUGGACGGUGUCCAACAAGCACGGCCGCUUGCUGGACGAGCUGGCGGAGGUGCAGACGCAGGUGAAGCGGACGGACGCGGCGCGGAGCCGCCUGGAGAAGCGCAACUCGGAGCUGAUCAUGCAGGUGGACACGCACAGGAAGCAGAUCGACCAGAAGGAUGGAGACUACAGCGUCCUGGAGGGCAAGCUGCAGGCCCGAGAGACGCUCAUCAAGAAGUGCACCGACGAGAAGAUGAAGCUGCAGAAUGAUGUCACAGCCCAGAUGACAGAGAUCCAGAGGCUGAAAGAGCAGCUGAAGGAGCUGAAGCAGGAGUUCAUGAAGCAGGAGGAGCAGCUGAGAGAAGUGAAGAAGAACAGCACUACCUUGGAAAGAAAGCUGGAGUAUGAAAGUUUACAGUGUGGACGACAGAUUGCACAACUCAAAGACGAGUAUGAAGAAACAAAGAAGACUCUGGAGGAAGAAGCAUCCAAGCUGAGACAGAGUGUCAUGGAUGGCCAGAAGGGCGUCGGGGCAGGUAGACAUGUGGAUGGAGCACCUGGUGUGGAGCUGGGCGGAGAGCGCCACACGGUGGCCACUCACCGACAUGACAGGCAGUCAGAUUUAAAAGAAGAGAUGGGGAAGCCUGGCAGUGACGCUGGGAUGCCUGGUAUUGAAGACAGCGAGGUGGGAAAAAUCGAUGACAUGCAGUUUGCCUUGAAGAAACCAGCCAUCACUCAGAAGCACGACGAGGCCCCUGACGCGGUUGUGGGAGCCGGUGCCGGGCCUGGACUCGGGGCAGCAGAUGGACCCGGGGGCCAGGGACUGCUGCUGGACCAGCCCAGACUCCAGCAGGACCGAGUGGACGGCCGGGCAGCAGCCAUCGCGCCUCCAGGCGUCAAACAGGCAGACAAACCGGUGGUGUUUGAGGAGGACAACAAGGCAGGUAUCAAGGCGGACGAGCUGGGAGAGCAGCAGAGGCAGCUCCGAGUUCCCGAUAACGUUAAAGGUGACGGCGACCUCCUGAAGAGGAUUCCUCUGCCGCCCAACCCUGCCCAGGUGCCCAAUCCCAUCCAGCCUCACCGCGCCAAAGACCCAGCAGAACCAGUGCACCACCGCCAAAGCCGGUUCUUUGAUGAGAACGAGUCCCCAGUAGAUCCGCAACACGGCUCUAAGCUGGCGGACUACAAUGGGGACGAUGGGAACGUGGGUGAGUAUGAGGCCGACAAGCAGGCCGAGCUGGCCUACAAUGAGGAAGAGGAUGGUGAUGGUGGGGAGGAAGACGUUCAAGACGACGACGACCGGGACAUGCAGGGCGAUCGGGCUGUGGAUUACGGGAAGAGACACCAGGCCAAUGACAUUCUCUGAAUGGGAACUCGUAACUGAUUAAAAACACUCAGACCUUCCUCUACGAUCCAAGUCUUUCUUUGACAGAAUAGUUUGAACCAUCAGAACUUGUAGGCGCGUCCUCAGUGUCACGGACUGUUCUGAGAAGAGACACUGCAACUAAUAAAUUAAUUCUGAAUAAUGUAACAUAAUCGAAGAAACAAACAUCCUGUUUUCUGAGCUGCUGUUGGUUUGCUGAUGGUUGUAGGAGAUGACAGUAGAGCUGAUGUACUGUACACUGACUGUUGGGUUUUGUCUUUUGAUAACUGCCUCGGUUCGUACCGGGCCGGCCCAGAGGAGGCCUGUCCACUCACAUGGGAACUGUUUGUUUGUUUGUUUGUUUGUUUGUUUUUGCUACUUUUCUGUUCACUUUGGUGUUGCUUGAUAUAAACGGACUCUUGGCCUGGGAUGUGGACCAGAGACCAACGCGGCGUUCUGCCUUUCUAACAUCAUUCUGGGACUCUUACUGGAACUGGGUUUUUGGUUGACAGGAGCGGGAACACAUGACAAAUGCCAAGGACUCUGCUCACGGCCUAUUAAAUACCUUCUUUUCUUUGUGACAGACAAAGUGCUCCUCAUUCAGUUUGUUUUUUACAUGAUGCCAUUGCAUGCAUUUGAAACUUUUUAUUAAUCGAAUUCAGCAGAAUACUGAUGCUUAAGCAAUACUUAGAGCAACGUUAGGAUCCUCCACGGUGGGAUGGACACGCGUGGAGCUGACAGACUGUACACAUGCUUCCAUUAAUGAGCUCUCCUGUACAUACUGUAGUUGGACCAUUUGUACGAGGACACCUGCCUCCUCACCUUUAGGGAAAUCUGUGAACAUGAAACCAGUUCUGUUUGUGCAACCAGGAAAAUUGAUUUCUCAUGGAAAGGCACAUUGAAUGUAAUUUAAUUUUAUUAAAGGUGAUGCUUCGUGUCA